GUUUGGGAGGAGAUGGUAUGAGCAUAUAAUUCCAUGUCCCUGUUGUAGUAGGGGGCUCGGAGGAGAGUUGAGGAGGUCACGAGAGGAAGAAGCCUUCUUUGCAUCUUAUUUGUCGUAGGAAGAGAUCAUACUGUUCUGUGUUGAUUUGGAGGAACUCCAUGGACAGCUUCCUCGUAGAUCGAUCACAGUUGAGUCCAAGAAAGGUUGGUCUCGCUGAUACCGGAGGAGGAUUUGUGAUGAGAUCCAGACACAGUUCUGUGAACCCUUAUUCUUCCUUGCCAUUCUUUAGCCAGCUUUCACCAAACCAUGAUGGUUUUAGGUCACAGCUUUGCUCCUUUCUUCCUUCUUCAUUUUGCACUGAUCGGGCGUUAAUUCCUCCUCCUCCUCCUCCUCCUCCUCGGCCUCUUCCACUCCGUCAACCUCCUCUUCUCCCCCUUCCACCACCAACUCCGGGACUGAAGCUAAGCAAAACGAACAGCGAUACUGGCAUGUUUAGGUCGAGAGAUCACAGGAUGAAGACGAAGCCUUCCGUGAAGAUAACAAGAAAGGAGCCACCGCCGAAGGCUGCUCACAAAUUCCGCGAUCCCAAAGGAGAGCGUAAGAUGACAGUAGAGAAGGUAACUGCGGGAGAGAAGCAGGGGGAAUCCCGGUGUAUAAUGGUGGGUCUUCAAAUGAACGCCAAGGGCAAGGAAUUGCUCGAUUGGGCAAUCCACAAAGUCGCCGAGCAAGGAGACCGUGUCAUGGCCGUCCAUGUCUGCCGUGAUUCAGAUCUGAAGAAAACGACCACACUGUCUUUGGCAAGCACGUUAGAUGACCAUCUGGCAUCCUAUCAAGGCAUUUGCAGUCUCAAGCAGGUUGUUCUUGUGGGACGGAUCGCUCGGGGAAGUUCUAUUAGGAGAGCGCUGGUGAAGGAGGCCAAGCAAUGUGCAGCCAUCAAAGUGGUGGUUGGAAUGAAGAAGAAGAGCUCAUUUUUUCGCUCAGCUCCACUCGCCAAGUAUUGUGCUAAGAAUCUCCCUCCGACCACUGCCUUGAUCGCCGUUCGAAAAGGAAAGGUCGUCUUCGAAAGAGGAGCUGCCAAGCCAUCUCCAGAAUUACAACGCCGUCAAAGUCUACGGAAUCUUCUGUAUCCAUCUGAAGCACUCGCGAUACGGAAGCAUGAGGAGAAGACUGUUGUAGAGGCCUCGAGAUCAUCUGACAGCAACCAUGUCAAAGGGGAAAAGGUGGAAGCGGUUCUGAGCUCUGUUACGGUGCUGAUGAGACAGCUGCCGGAGCCGGUGUUCGGGUGUCCUCUGCUGAAGAAGAAAGCAGCACUAAGAAGCAUCGAGGUGAAGCGGGCCAACCGUGCUUGGAGACUGUCGCUUGUCCGGCGGGUGAUGAACUUACCGGCUCGAACUCUGUCGUCGGCUCAACCAUUGUUGCUGCUAAUCGAGGAGUUGAACACGGUUCUCAGUGGCAGCAACUCGAGCUGCAGAUGGUUUCAGUAUGAGGAGCUCCAGAAUUCAACGAAUCGGUUCUCUUCAGAGAAUUUGAUUGGGAAUGGAGGAUGCAGCCGAGUGUACAGAGGCCGGCUUGGGAAUGGACAGCAGGUUGCUAUAAAGUUGUCAAAGCUAUCCGCAGAAGCAUCAAAAGAUUUCCUUUCGGAGGUCGAUAUCAUCACCAAGCUGAGGCACCUGCGCGUGGUUCCAUUACUGGGCAUCUGCGUUGGGGAGCACGCUCUCAUUUCUGUGUACAGAUACUUCCCCAAUGGAAGCUUGGAGCAAAAUCUACACGGUGACAAGGUGAAGCAUCUGCUCCCGUGGGACAGGAGAUUUAGAGUGGCGACGGAGAUUGCUGAGGCUCUCAGCUACCUUCACCAUGGCUGUCGUCGACCAGUGAUCCACAGAGACGUCAAGUCUUCCAACAUUCUUCUCAAUGACGAAUUUGAGCCUCAGUUAUCGGAUUUUGGGUUAGCUAUGUGGGCGCCGACAACCGCGACCAACCUGACACAAAGUGAUGUUGUUGGGACCUUUGGAUACCUUGCACCCGAGUACCUCAUGUAUGGGAAGGUCAGCAACAAGAAUGACGUCUAUGCCUUCGGCGUGGUUCUAUUGGAGCUGUUAACAGGAAGAAAGCCGAUAGAUGAUGGGAAUCCUAAAGGCGAAGAAAGUUUGGUGAUGUGGGCGACGCGAAUUCUGGAGAGAGGGGAGCUCAUAGAUCUGCUGGAUCCCAAUCUCGGUACGAAUCAUGAUAAAGGUGAGGUGAGCAGAAUGAUAUUAGCUGCAUCUCUUUGUAUCACGAGGGUACCUCGUAUCCGACCUCAAAUCGACAAGAUUUGCAGCCUGUUGAAAGGGGAAGAGGACAUGGAGACAUGGAUAAGCAGCCAAGCGGAUGGGAUGUCGGAGGUGGUAGAUUGUCCAGACGACGAAGCCUAUCCGACUCCGAGCCUCGCAUUGCUUGACGUGGACGACGAUGCAUCCGUCGCCAGCGUCGAGCAGAGUCACUGUGGUUCCUGGGAGGCGUACCUGCGAAGUCGAUGGAGCCGUUCUUCGAGCUUUAAUUAGUUGCUAUAUACAAACAUAAAUCUAUUAUAUAUGUAUAUAUAUUGUGGA